AUGGCUUUCGAAGCUUUGAUCUGUGGGAUUCUCGGAGUAGCAUCUUUGUUUAAUGAUUCUUUGGACCAGGACACCGAAUUAUGGAUAAUAUCACACGCAAAGGCAAUCCUUGAAGAUGAUGUGAUCAGUCGUUUUCCUACUCUCGAAAUCAUUGCUGCAUGGAUACUACGAACAAUUUACAUUCGAUCCACAGGGCGACCUCAUGUGGCUUGGCUUUGCAGCUGUACCAUUAUGCAUCUCGUUGAAGCGGCGGGUUUACAUCAUGCGCCCGAAUUUAUAAUGCAGGCCAUUGGCAACGUUGCUCCAAAUCCGGAGACAUCAGAUAUCAUCAACCGAACAGCACAAGUUGCCAACUGUGUCCAUGUCCUCAUUGCAUUCGAGUAUGGCAGAUCUAUUAUGACAUUUAAUCGCCAAAUACUUGAAACCUCGAAUUCGACAUCUAGAGGAGGGGAUUUCACGUCGCAGCUAUGCAGUCUCGUUGCAGCUAUACCCACGAACCAGAACACGGAUGAUUUAGAGGUUCUCAUACAGGAAUUACUCUCCGCCUUAGAAAAACUCGGGGAUACAACUGUCGACCAUGAUUUUCUCAUACUACUACGGGCAGAUCUUGCUCUGGGAAUCUACCGUCGUCUCCGCGUCAUGGAUCCAAGCCUUCGGCAGGGACAGAAUGACCGUGUGAUUGCAGCUGGAACGGCCGCCCUGUCUGCAGCACGAAGACUUGCCAGUCAAGACCAGCCGUGGUGGAAUGUUGUGGGUACCGUAUUUCAGUUCGCGUGUUCUUUGCUUGUUAUGGACACGGUCGUAAGCUGUCAAAAGCUCUCGGAGACAAUGGACACCCUGGAACUUAUUGUCGACCGCUUCAAUACACAUUUGGCCAAGGAGGCACUCUCCACAGCUCGGCAGCUUGUCAAGGCAUCUUUGGACAAGAAGCGCAAGGGCAUGGAAGCGCUUGAACGAAUCGUCGGAACAACUUCACCUGAAACGACCGCCCCAGGAACAGAGGGUCAGCUUUUACAGGACAUUGCGUCACUCAGCCCAUCAUUGGCGGCUCAGCUUCCUAUUGAUUUAGAUUAUCUAUGGGCCAUGGAUUUUCAAAUUCCCUUCUAA